AUGGGCCGCCAGGCAUACUUGAACCGGCUCGCUUUGGGCCGAUCACCAUAUGAACCUCCAGAAAGAGCAACUGUUGACCCUUCAAAUACAGUGCGCAGGGUUUCUAAUAUUCAUUCCGAUAAUUACAUGCAACAAUACGACGCACGAGGGCAUCAUGUCAAUCCAGAGUCCAAAGCCCUGGGCCGAGAGCUUCGCAGAGCGAAAAAUGACAUUCUCUCUACCAUGGGAAUCGUUGUCAGUGGCGAAGACCGAAAUGCCAGCUCAUCCAACGAAGAGCAGAAGAUGAACCAAAUUGCAACUGAGAAUGACUUCGGCUUGGUCAUUACUACAUUGGAUCAGUUAUUUGUGUUUUUCAGCACAUGGUGGUCAUCAUCCCUUACAGGACGGAUUAUGACAUUCAAGCAUUAUGCACAUGCACCAUUAUUGGAUGUCAUACGCUCUGAGCGAGAUAUCACGGGAAUCCUCGGCUUUUAUUGUGCCGGUAUGCCUGCCUGGGCAGCUUCUAGCACACUGGCUAUUGCUCGUGAAAAUCCCCUCAAGCGCCUCUUUGUCAUGAUCCGUGAUUAUGUGUUAGGCUUGACAGGUAGUGGUGGUCUGUCAUUAAGUAUUCGUGCUCUCUUUGGGAUCGCGUAUUCCGUUGCAAAACAUUCAGUUCUCAUCUUGUCCCUUGAGGCAUACAUGUACUCUGUGCUUCAAACGCUCUCACUAGUACCAGCAAACGCCAUCCCCAGUCUUCGAAUGCUGAUUCCUUUUGGCGAGGCAUCUUUAUUCCGACUUCCCACUCUCCCUGCCGACUUUUCCAUUCCGUCUGUCGGGGGCUUUGUCAUGCAACUUUUGACCUCCCCCGGAGUUUUGACAUUUGCCUACGCCUUUUACCUGCGCCCCGAACUAGAGGAGCGUAUUUAUAGACUAAUCCGACGCCAAAUUCCCAAACCUACCCUCGCAGAUGAGCUUUCAAUUCGAGUUGCCUAUGAAGAAAAUCUCAUCGAAUGGGUCGUACCGACCCUUGGACGCAGAUCCGAAGAAGAAACUCGUCGUGUGAAACUUACAUUAGCGCAAGAUAUCAAACAGGAGUUUUUGACGUUGCGAGGAUGGGUUUUUUCUCUAUUCGGGCUUUUGUCCAGUAAAACCCCAGAUCAGCCGCGAACUGAUGGCCAAGAUCCAGGAAGUAUUGAAAGCCAGCUCCGGCAAUCGAUCGAGUCAUUACAACAUGAGCUCGAGGAAGUCCAGCUUCGGGCUAAUCUCGCUGGAGUUGAGCCGCGUGAUCCUUUAGCUAGACCUUUGGAGACUAUCGCUCGGGCUGAUGCCGCCAUUGCGUCGCCAAAUUCGCUGCCUAUUGAGGAUCCCAACCAAACACCUGAUGCCGAGCUGGGUACAGAUAUGAAUCAAGUUCUCACAAAUGAGAAUCGCAUGUCUCAAUCCCCUGGAGAGAUGAGCAAUGACUUCUAUUCAGAAAUAGCCACCGUUGGACGAACAAGUGCGCCCUCGAAUGGAUCACGCUCACAGAGCCAGUCAAGCAAUGUCCAACCUGUUGAACGUCCAGCAAGGCCCCGCCAAAAUUCCCGCUCAAAUACCCUUUUCUCCCGGCCGUCAUCCCCGGAAACGUCUCCACCCACCUCACCUCGCGUCAGAGCUUCUUUAAUCCACCAGAGUUCCGACAUCAUCACUAUGCAGCUGGAGCUUUUGGGUAACCGUAAUCAAAGGCCCCCAACCGCGGCACCUAUUCAGCGUACUCCACCUUUCUUCCCUCGUGGUAACCCAGCAACUGCCAUGGACCGCAGGUCAAUAGCCGAUUUCCUUGAGACGUUGAUCUUGAGUCAAGCUCAGCAACAAGCCGCCCAGCAACCGCAACUAGUUGAAAAUGAAGAUCGAUCUACCAUCGCCGCAGGAGCAAGCUAUGCUACAGGCCAAGACAUCGCUGCUGUCGAAAGCCAACCUCAAAAUAUGAUGCAAGAGACCAUGGCUGACCACCAUAUGGAUCCUGUCCCUACCGAGGGAGCUCCUAUUUCCAACGUUCCGAAUAUUCUCCCCGACGGCGUCGAGGAGCCCAAUGAUGAAGAACAUGUGAACUUUGAACCAUUCGAAACCGAAGCUGACAUUCCUUCUGGCUCGGCACUGCCACCCAUGACGCAUGCACCGGGGUUGGUAUCAAUGAGUCAACCCGCCAUUGCCCAUAGAGUGACGCUUCUAUCUGCUCACCCGGUAGACUCACUUGCCUCACACCUUGCGGCAAUCCUAAGCACCAUCAUUCUCUCGCCACUCGAAUCACUCUAUGUCCGUUCUUUGGCCGAUUCCUAUCUUGCUCUACAUCCUUCUACAAUCCAAGCUUCAGACCUAUACCCUGUCGGGCUAUGGGGCGGUGGAAGAUCUUGGUCUGAUGCAUUUGCGUACUGUGGUAGACUAGUUCUCAUGAGAGGUAUGCAAGCUGCGUUAAGAGCCGGGGUGUGGGGUUUCCUGGUGGGUUCAACGAUGAGAAUUGGGAGAAAGUUCUGUGGCUGGGGUACUUUAUAG